AUGUCCAAGGCAGAUCUACCGCCCGUACUGAAUAAGCUGUUCAGUCACAUCGAUGCCAACAAGAGCAAGUACAUCGAUGCUUUGCGGGAAGCGGUCGCGAUAAAGUCGGUCUCGGCAUGGCCUGAUUCACGGCCGGAAAUCUUCCGCAUGGUGGACUGGGUGGCGGACCGAUUGCGGAAGCUCGGUGCGUCGGUUGAGCUGGCAGACGUCGGCAAACAGCAGCUGGCCGAUGGCCGUGAACUCGACCUACCGAAGGUCAUCCUCGGUGUGCUGGGAAAGGACCCCGCGAAGAAAACCGUAUGCCUUUACGGCCAUUUGGAUGUGCAACCAGCCAUAUUGGAGGAUGGUUGGGCAACGGAACCGUUUGUGCUGACAGAAAAGGACGGUAAACUGUUCGGACGUGGUUCGAGCGAUGACAAGGGACCGGUCCUUGGAUGGCUGCAUGCAAUCGAAGGCUUCCAGGCCAUCGGUGAACCACUCCCGGUUAACCUGAAGUUUGUGUUCGAGGGUAUGGAAGAGUCCGGCAGUGAAGGUCUCGAUGAUCUGCUGUACGCGCGUCAGAAAGAUUUCCUAUCCGAUGUGGAUUAUGUUUGCAUAUCCGACAACUAUUGGCUCGGAACGGAUAAACCUUGCAUCACGUACGGACUGCGCGGCAUUUGUUACUUCGAGGUGGAAGUUAGCUGCGCACACAAGGAUCUGCAUAGUGGGGUAUUCGGUGGGACCGUUUACGAAGCAAUGAACGAUCUGGUGUAUCUGCUUGGAACGCUCACGGACUGUGAGGGACGCAUUCAGAUACCGAACAUUUACAAGGAAGUGGCCCCACUGCUCCCGAACGAGCAGGCCAUUUACGAUGCGAUCCACUUUGACGUUGGCAGUUACCGGGCGGAGCUUGGUGCGCGCAAACUGAUGCACAAGGAGGACAAAACGAAGAUUCUAAUGCACCGUUGGCGGCAACCGAGCCUUUCAAUUCACGGUGUGGAGGGUGCGUUUUACGAGCCUGGUCAGAAGACCGUUAUUCCGAAGAAGGUUAUUGGAAAGUUUUCGAUCCGAAUUGUGCCACACCAGACUCCGGAACUCACGGAGCGUUACGUGAGCGAAUAUCUGACGGCCAAGUGGGCUGAGCGUGGCUCUCCGAACCAGUUUGCGGUACGUAUGGCUCAUGGAGGUAAGCCGUGGACAGAGGAUCCGAAUCAUCCUCACUAUCAGGCGGCCCGAACGGCUACGAAGCACGUGUACAAUGUUGAUCCCGAUAUGACGCGUGAGGGAGGAUCGAUUCCAGUCACGCUAACGCUGCAGCAGACGACGGGCAAGAACGUUUUGCUGCUGCCGAUGGGAGCCUCGGAUGAUGGAGCACAUUCGCAGAACGAAAAGAUCGAUGUGCGCAACUAUAUUGAGGGGACCAAGCUGCUUGGUGCUUACUUGUACGAGGUUUCCCGCAUCAACUGAGCAGGCAAAUCGCUGUUACAAACAAUCCCUGUGAACGCAAAAC